AUUACCGUAUUUUUUGCUCCAUAAGACGCACCUGACCAUAAGACGCACCUAGGUUUUAGAGGAGAAAAACAAGAAAAAAAAUAUUCUGAACCAAUGGACUGCAGACACAAUACAGGAGAUGACCAGAGACUGCGGACGCAGUACAGGGGAUGACCAGAGACUGCGGACACAGUACAGGGGAUGGCCAGAGACUGCGGACACGGUACAGGGGAUGACCAGAGACUGUGGACACGAUACAGGAGAUGGCCAGAGACUGCGGACACGGUACAGGGGAUGACCAGAGACUGCGGACACGGUACAGGAG